AUGAAGUCAGUUGGAGUGAUUAUAGGUUCUAUUAGAGAUAACCGUGUAGGAGAUAAGGUAGCCCAUUGGUUUUUCGAAAAAUCAGGUGUUAAGAAGAAUCUUAAUGCAGAGAUUUUAGAUCUAAAAAAGUUUAAUCUUCCAUUCUUUAAUGAAGACGUAGCACCAAUGGCAUUGAAAGGUAACUACUCGACUGAAGAAGGUAGACAUUGGUACAACACUGUAAAGAAAUUCGAUUCGUUUGUAUUUGUUACUCCAGAGUACAAUGCCGGUAUGCCAGCAUCUCUAAAGAAUGCUAUUGACUAUGUCUAUCCGGAUUGGAAUUCCAAGCCAGCGGUCAUUGUUAGCUAUGGAUUCCAUGGCGGUGUCAACUCUGCCCUCUCAUUGGAACGUAUCAUCACUGAUAAAAGUCCAAUUAAAAUGAAUCUAACAAACACCAAACCAAAGCUUUUCCUUUCAAAGGAUAUACUCAAUGAGAAAGGACAGUUCAAGAACAUCGACCAAGAUUUCGAAAAGUAUACUGAUGAGAUUAAAAAAUCUAUAGAGGAACUUGAAGAACUCUUAAACACUGCCACCGCCAAUAAAUAA